AUGUCUUCUACCAAGGCAGGUGCUGCUGCGGCUGCUGCCAAUACCAGUGUGGCUGCAGCAGCUGACACUGCGGCAACAAAUGCGGCGACUGCGGCCACCCAGGCGACCCAGGCGACCAGUGAAGCGGCUGCAACCACGGCCAGCCCUGCGGCCGAGACUACCUCAUCUGCAAAGCCCGCAACCACUUCCAGCGAAACGACUAGUAGCAGCACCAGCAGCAGCACUAGCAGCAGUACAACCUCGAGUAGCACUAGUAGCACCUCCUCCACGACCACGCCUACUCCAACCACUUCGUCUACAUCUUCAACAUCCACAUCAUCCUCCACUUCUUCCUCUUCCACAACGGAACUCACCACCACCGAGGCCCCGUCGAGCACUGUUCUUUCCUCGACCAGCACUGGCUCGGCCGGAACCACCGUUGUUUACAUUACUUCCACCGCUCCCGCAAGUGAGAACACUGGUGCUUCCAUCACAUCUUCCAGCGCGACCGACUCUGCCGCCCUCGCAACAUCUACCGGAGCAGCCAGCUCUGGUGGUCUCUCUCCUAGUGGAACAAUUGCAGUUGCAGUUGUUGUGCCGGUCGUUUCCGUGGCAUUGAUCGUCUUGGCAGCCAUUUUCUUCUGGCGCAAGCGCAAGGCGAACAAGGCGAACGAGGAGGAGCGCCGCAAGGAAGUAGAGGAGUACGGCUUCAACCCCAACAAUGACCCAACUCUUCCCGGAAUGGCCGGUGUGGUGGCACCCAAGGACGAUACUUCCUCUGGAUACCGUGGAUGGGGAACUACCUCUGCCGGACGCCAACCAUCCACCAACCUCUCUAGCGGUAUGGGCGGUCUUGCUAUGUCCGAAGGAAGCAGUCCCGGUUACCACCAUGGUGCGACUCCUAGCGAAGGCACUGUGCAGUACUCGGAUGGAGUUCGACCAGACUCUGGUGAAAUCGAGCCCAUUGGUGUCCUUGGUGCCGCACCCGUAGCCGCCAACAACCGCACUGGUGACAUCCACCGUGGCCCCUCCAACGCAUCCUCUGCCUACUCAGCUGCCAACCGCUCCGAGGCUUCCGAGGAAAGCCACAUGUCGGCCGCACACCCCUCGGGUGGCUACUACGGUGAAAACCCGUACUACGGCGACAUCAAUACCCACGGUGCUUACGGAGACGAGACGUAUCAGCCUGUCAUCCGCGACGUCCAGGCACGCCGCAACACACGCAUCGAAAACCCCGGGGUCUACCCCCGACAAGGGAAUGCCGGUAUCGCCCAGAACUUCUAA